CUUCUCCCCCUCCCUUUCUCCAGUCUGAUGUCAGGGCUAGCAGCCCUAGAUGCUAAGUGUUCCAGCAGACUGGGCCUUAUCACCGUGUCUUACUACCUGUGGACCACCUUUGUAGCAGUGGUGGUGGGCAUCAUCAUGGUGUCCGUCAUCCACCCUGGAGGAGCAGCCCAGAAGGAGGACUCCGAGGAUAGCGGCAAGGCCAUCAUGAGCUCUGCCGACGCCCUGCUUGACCUCAUCCGCAACAUGUUUCCAGCUAACUUAGUUCAAGCCACAUUUCAACAGUACCGGACGAGAAGUGUUCCCAUUAUGAAAACGCCGAAGGCCACAGUGAGUCAGAGCCUAUCAGAGUCCACCACAAGGCGAGCACUCAUAUACGGUAUCCAGGACGACAACGGAACAGAGCUCCAGAACUUCUCCUUGGACCUGACUCCUCCCCCAGACGUAUACUUCAAAACAUUACCGGGAACCAGUGACGGAAUGAACGUCCUUGGAAUCGUCAUCUUCUCAGCCACUAUGGGUAUAAUGCUGGGCAGGAUGGGGCCUAACGGCAGCGCCUUGGUCAACUUCUGCCAGAGCCUGAACGAGGCUGUCCUGAAGAUUGUUGCUAUCGUCAUCUGGUACUUCCCAUUCGGCAUCGUGUUCCUGGUGGCCGGUAAGAUCCUGGAGAUGAGUGAUCCGUCGGCCAUGGGUAAGAAGCUGGGUUUCUACGCUGUCACGGUGGUCUUUGGUCUGAUCCUCCAUGGGCUCUUCAUCCUCCCGGCCAUGUACUUCUUCAUCACCAAGAAGAGCCCCAUCGUCUACAUCAGGGGCAUCCUGCAGGCCCUGCUCAUCGCCCUGGCAACAUCCUCUAGCUCUGCAACGCUGCCUAUCACCUUCAAGUGCCUCCUGGAGAACAACCACAUCGACCGACGCAUUAUCCGCUUCGUGCUCCCCGUGGGUGCCACCAUCAACAUGGACGGGACGGCGCUCUACGAGGCCGUGGCUGCCAUCUUCAUCGCCCAGGUCAAUAACUACGAGCUGGACUUUGGACAGAUCAUUACCAUCAGCAUCACUGCCACAGCAGCCAGCAUCGGUGCUGCAGGAAUUCCACAGGCUGGUCUGGUCACUAUGGUGAUCGUGCUAACGUCUGUUGGGUUGCCAACUGAUGACAUCACUCUCAUCAUUGCAGUGGAUUGGGCAUUAGACAGAUUCCGGACCAUGGUGAAUGUUAUGGGGGAUGCGUUGGCCACAGGUAUCAUGGCCCAUAUCUGCAGAAAAGACUUUAUCAAGGAAGGAGAUGGUGUGCCUCUGAUCUGUGAGACCAAGCCCAUGAUAAACAUCCAGCAGCACAUGAACUGUGAGAACAACAACGGUAGCUACCAGCCACCUCCCCAGUGCUCAGGGGAUAAACCAGACGCCUUCCCCCCCGACGUUGCCCGCCUCAUGCAGUUGGAGGAAGGGGUGCGGCCCCCGCCCCCUCCGGAGAGGAAAAAGCCCCCUGUGCCUCCCAGGCAGCUGAAGAAGGAUAAGGACCACUGUGCCAUUGAUAUGAAUGGCCUGGAAACCAACGUAUAGGUCCCAUACCUCACCUCACAUCACCACCACUCAUCCCAGCAGGACUGAUGUGGAAAGCUCCACAGUCCAUCACCAGUUGGAGGUGUUCUUUUUCAACUGAGUCUCGUGGUUCAGUAUGUCGGAAUGAAAGGCCAACGCCACUGGAACUUAUAGAGGUGAAGAUGAAUGAAUAGAUGAACAGAGAGAGCAAUGAUGGAUCCCAUCUUAUUUUUUAUUGUUAUUGUUGACUGAUCGAGUCACUCAUUUUCAUUUUCUGUUUUGUUUGUGAGAAACGUGAGAUUUGUGACAAGACUUUGUCCUGUGCUUUCAUUGAUGGUGGAUAUAGGUAGGGAGCACCAGGAUGGGGGCAGUACAGGCUUCUCUGAAACCUGACUUUGAUGUACUGGGAAAUCAUUAUUUUCCAGGAUUCCUUCAAAGACUCAACACUAGCUGGGAUAACUGAAGCACCGUGACAGUGGAUUUUUAUGGCCAAAGGGAGGACGUUCUGUAUAUGCUGUUCACUUUCCAUAUCACCUAUACACACGGUUCACUUUCCAGACUACCUGUACAGUACACACGGUUCACUUUCCAGACUACCUGUACAGUACACACGGUUCACUUUCCAGACUACCUGUACAGUACACACGGUUCACUUUCCAGACUACCUGUACAGUACACACGGUUCACUUUCCAGACUACCUGUACAGUACACACGGUUCACUCUCCAGACUACCUGUACAGUACACACGGUUCACUUUCCAGACUACCUGUACAGUACACACGGUUCACUUUCCAGACUACCUGUACAGUACACACGGUUCACUUUCCAGACUACCUGUACAGUACACACGGUUCACUUUCCAGACUACCUGUACAGUACACACGGUUCACUUUCCAGACUACCUGUACAGUACACACGGUUCACUUUCCAGACUACCUGUACAGUACACACGGUUCACUUUCCAGACUACCUGUACAGUACACACGGUUCACUUUCCAGACUACCUGUACAGUACACACGGUUCACUUUCCAGACUACCUGUACAGUACACACGGUUCACUUUCCAGACUACCUGUACAGUACACACGGUUCACUUUCCAGACUACCUGUACAGUACACACGGUUCACUUUCCAGACCAUCUGUAUACACAUGUACAUACCUGUACAUCCCAUAGCUGCAUAGCAGGAAAUGCUCAGUCUGUGUGCACUUACUGUAUGUGUGUGGGCCUGUGAACACUCUGCAAGGUGGAAGAACUUUCUCCACUCUUAGAAAUGUGUACAUACUUGUAAUACUAUUUGCAUUGCUUGAGGUACGUAGAUAUUGUCUUUGAUAUUUCAAUUUUAUAAUGUUUAUUUCUUGAUCAUUUUAUUGUCAUCCUGAGCAACAUUUCUGCUGAAGAGCGCAAAUGGGCCAUAUGAGUAAGUUUUGAGGCUUUCGCUACAGUCACUGUCUGCAACAUAAAAUAAGUGAAUCAGACAGCUCUCUUUGUCAUGAAACCGAGCAGAAAAGAGAGAGGAUGACAAGAUGUCAGAAGUCUAAUUAGCCAGCAGCUCCGACCCUCUUGCUUACAGCUGCACUAGGGUCAGACAGCAUUCCUGUGUACAUUGACACCGUGGAGCUGGCGUAAGAUAUGGCUCGGAAAACGUACCUCAAUCCAGGGAUGAGAAAUGCUUUGUACUCUGAAUUGUCCCAUUAAGAUUGAACAACUGCUAAGUUUAAGCAGUCAUUCAAUCUUCUCAGCGUAACAGUUUGGAUAAUGGGACAAUUUGGAGUAUAAUGCAUUUCUCAUCCCUGGAUUGAGGUACGUUUUCCAAGCCAUAUGUCACGGCGGCUCCGAAGUGUCUUUUUUCACACAGCAAUGCUGACCAUCCCUGGUGCAGCUAGCUGUAAGCAAGUGGGUCGGAUCUGCUGGCUAAAGUCUAAUCUGAGAGACAUUGAUCUAUCAAAAAAUUGCCCUUCUUUCAUUUUUCUUCUUUUAUUUAUUUUUAUUUAGUAUUUAUUUUUUGCCUUAACGAAGCCGGUGGUGCUGAGUGGGGGAAAGAGGACUUUUCAAGGUUUAACCACCUUGCUACUGAUCAUGAAAUACCAUUGAUGUUACCCUAUAGAUGAAAGCUUCUCAAUCUUUUUGUACACUGAUAUACAAAGGUUACAUUAUUUUUAAAGCUUUGUCCAUUUCACUUUUCUUCUUUUUUGGAAGUUAUUACAUUUAAAUUACAUGUGAAUAGAGGUGAUGCUUACACGAGACAUUAUUCAUUAAAAGUGGUGUAAAGUACUGAAGUAAAAAUACUUAAAGGUACUGCUUAAGUCGUUUUUUGGGGUAUCUGUACUUUACUUUGCUAUUUAUAUUUUGGACAACUUUAACUUCACUACAUUCCUAAAGAAAAUUAUGUACUACUUAAGAAUUUUUGGGGGUAUCUGUACUUUACUUUGCUAUUUAUAUUUUGGACAACUUUUACUUCACUACAUUCCUAAAGAAAAUGAUGUACUUACUCCAUACAUUUUCCCUGACAGCCAAAAGUACUCAUUACAUUUUGAAUGCAUAGCAGGGCAAUAAAAUUGUCUAAUUCACACACUUUUUAAAAGAACAUCCCUGGUCAUCCCUACAGCCUCUUAUCUGGUGGACUCACUAAACACAUGCUUUGUUUGUAAAUGAUGUCUGAGUGUUGGAGUGUGCCCAUGGCUAUCCGUAAAUAAAUAAAAAAACAAGAAAA